AUAUCAAGUUGCCUUUUCUGUAUCGUUAUUGAAUAUGGUUCCUUAAUGAUGAUGCUUACUGGAUUAUCUCUAAUUACAACCAAUAUGAUUUGGGCUUUACAUAAUAAUCCAGUUCCAUUGGAGAUUCCAUUUCAAUCACCAAGUGGUAGUAGAGUGCAGUUCUUACACCCUGACUAUUCAUGGGCUUAUUGGAUAAAUCUAACCAACGGAUUAUUUUGCUUGCUAUUGGGGAGUUUUGUUUACAUUAUUGACAUUAAAUAUCCUGAUCUAACGGCUCAAUUUUUCGGCAUCGAUAUAAUUCAAAACUAUCAAGAUUACUUUCGAGAAAUAGAUGAAGAUAAAAAAAGACUACAAAGUGAUGGGUCAAGCGUAUCGACGGACAGCACAUUGAAAAUGAAGAAUGGUGAUUCGAAUUAUGUUGCCUUACGGAAAAAGGUCACCUCUGAUAGACUUUCUCGGCUAAAUCGAUUGACUCUUCGUAAUGGAGGAAAUAAGAGUAUCGAUCGACCCGUUGCAGUUGGUAAUCAAUCGAAAAGUAUCCAAGAGAUCACCGAGCCUCAUUAUGUUGUACCCAAAACGAUUACUGUACCUAUUCAACCUCGAGUAGUCGGUGUGAUACCUGGUGGAUCUCGAGGAGUAGAAAAAUUUUCAUUAUCAACUCAAUAGUUGAUAUCAAUUAUCGUUUCAAGUCUAAACAAAUUUUAUUUGGAGAGUUA